ACAAAAGUAAGGAAGCGAAGAGGCAAGCACGCUUGCCGAACAAAAUCACUUCUUAAAUGAUUUAAAUUAUUUUGCAAUCAAAGAAUCUAUCGCAAUCAUGUCUGGUGAUAUUCAAACACGUCAGAGACGAAAGGAAAAACGAAAACAAAAGAGAGAUGAACCGGCAAUUGGAGUCGAUACAACAAAAAUCAAAGAGAGUGAAAAGAAAGAUGUUCAAAUGCACAUUCAUGAUCAGCAUGAUCACGGUGUCGGAUGGUGUGCGAAAAUAGUUUUCUUCUCGCUUAUGGCGAUUCUAGCUGGAUUAGUUGUGCUAAUUGUGCUUGAAAAUCGGGGACAAUCAGAUGUUGACACGCCAUUAUCAGAGUCGAGAUUCUCAGAAUAUCUCCAAGGCUGGGUUGAUGAGACAAGAGAAGAAGAACAUCAUGACGAAGUUCAUUUCACUCCGCCAGAUGAUGAUGAACAUGAUGAUGAUGGCCAUGAAACGACAGCAAUUCCAGAUGAUGAACCUUAUCCCGAAGAGAAAGAUUACUCAACACCAGAAGAAAAUAACGAAUCAGAGGAAUUGAAUGCAGAAAUUAAUGCAGAUGAAUCAACACAAGAUGAACAAAGUGACAAUCAAGAAGAUGAUGACGAUGACGAUGAAACAGUGGAAGCUAAUGAGACACCAAGCAACAAUGAUGAUGAAGACGAAGUGGAAACUCGAGGUGAUCAGCAACCAGAAGAAGUUGAUGACAAAGAAGACGAAGUUCCAAACAUGUUUGAAGACAGUACACCAUUUGAAGAGGAAGACAAUGACGAUGACUUUGAAGAUGUCAUCGAUAAUGAUGUGGGUGAAGAUUUACUGCUUCAGAAGUUAGCUGAACAAAGUGAAGCUGCUGCAGCACAAGCUGAUGAAAAUCAAGAAGAAACUGAUGAGGCUGAAGCUGAAGGUUCUUCUUCACUUGGCGUUAAAAUCGGGGUCGGUGUUCUUCUCGCUAUAGUUGCCCAUCAAAUUAUUAUUAAAAAAAUAUCAGCAACUAAUAGGACGGAAAUAAUGCCAGAAGUGGAAAUAAUGAGUAAAGAAGAGCUUUUAAGUAAGAGACGAUUAACGAUGUUAACUGGAUCUGAAGAGCGACUGAUAAAUGAUGAAUUGGAUGAUGAAGAAAUCGUUGAAGUUAUGAUGGUGUCUGGCGCACAUUUGAACGAUGACGAUGAUGAAGAAGAAGCUUACACAGAUUCGGAAGAUAUUGGCGAGGAAGAGGAAGAAGAAGAUUACAGCGACGGACGGGAUUCUAAGAAACCUUUCGUUCCAAGAACAUUUGAAGAUUUCCAAACAUUAUUUAAGCAUCAAUUUGAACCAACAUUAGAGGAAGAAGGAAUUCAAGAACCAACAAGCGACAGUUCUGAACCUCAACCUGUUGAUGAUGAGAUGGAAAAACGAGUUGAAGAAGCUUUAAUGCAAAAACCAUUUAAAAAAGUGAUUGAAACUAAAAUUCAAGAACCUGAAUCAUCUCCAGAUGAAGCUCCAUAUUCACAGGAAGAUGAUUAUGACGCUGAUGAACCUGAAGAAUUCUCAGGCGAAGAAAUUCUUGAAGAAGAGGAAGAAGACGAAGAAAAUGAUUAUGAAGAUGAAAUGGAAAGUGAUGAAGAUAUGUCUGACAUUGAUGACACUGAUUUGAUGAAACGACUUGAAGCGAAAUAUGGAAAAAUCAGUGGUGAAAAUUCAGAAGAUGAAGAAGACCCUGAGGCUUGGACAAAAAUUCCAAAAGAAGGUGGAGAGAAAAGCUACUUAGAUCAGCUUUUAGAAGAUCAAGUUCGAAUGGAUAAUAACAAUUAUUAAACUUCUUUUUUUUUAAUAUCCAAUCCACUAGUCAAUCAAAGCUUUAAUUAUGUUGCACUUUUUUAUUGCUUUUUAAUUUUCUUUUUUAUUUAGUUUGUUUAGUUGUGUGGAAACUUUUUUUCUAUAGAUUUUUAUGAAUUUUUCGAAGAACUAAUCUUAACAUUAUCAGACCAGAAUUCAAUGUUUUGAUUACUUCUUUGGCUGUGAUCGUUUGCUUUGUGAACUAACAAAAAUAAUUUUUGUUUUUUUUCCUGCAUUGCAUUUCGAUGGGAUUUUUGAAUGAAUUUUAACAAAAAUGCUGUUGCCAACUAAUACAAAUUUGCGUAUUAAUAUCAAAUACGAUAAAUCAGAGUGAAGAAAUUGAAGAAAUGCUACUUGAGGCUAAGAUAACCGAUGCUCGAGCUGAGAAAGAACAAAGUAACAAAAGACUGAUGGAAGCCAUCGAAUUGUAUAAAGACUUACUGAUAACACACGGUGAUAAAUUAAAUGCUUCAAUUUUCAAAGAAGUUGCCGAAAGAUGCAUCGAGCGAAUGAGAUUCAUUGGAAAAUUUAAAGCAGCUGUUAAGAUCCACAGAUUGCUUAUUGAAAGAUUCAGCGAUGAGCCGAAUUAUCCAAAUCAACUUGCAGUCACUUAUUUGCUUGGAAAUCAUCUUUCAGAAGCAAAGCUCAUUCUUCAUGAAAUUUUAAUGCGUUGGCGUUUCAAUGGCUUCGCUCUCGUUCAUUACGGUUUUGUUCUUAAGAAUCUUGAUAAAGAUUAUGAGAAUGCAGCGCUUUAUAUUAAAGAAGGAAUUGAUUCAAAUGAACCAGGAACACAAGACGGUAGAUUUUAUUUCAAUCUCGGUGAUGCUUUACAAAGACUUGGAAAGAAUGACGAAGCAAGAGAAGUUUACAAGAAAGGUGCAAAAAUUGGAUUGUUUCUAUCGGAACACCAACGAUCUCUAUACAAUGUCGAUCAUUUAAAGUCGACACCAUUUUGGACAAAAGUGCAAACAACUUAUAAAGAUGAUCUCAUGGAAAUACAAAAAUAUUGGCAACUUAUCAGAGAUGAAGGUCUGAAGUUGUUGUCAGAAGAUGGUCGCUUCUCAAAUGAAGCUGAGAAUCUCAAAGAUACUGGUGAUUGGAAGCAAUUUGAGCUGUUUGCUCGUGGAAGAAAAACCAAACAUUGUAUGCUUGCACCAAUCACAUGUCAAAUUAUUGAAAACUUUGACGCUGCGGCGACUUGUAAAAGGGGACAAGUGAAGUUCAGUGUUCUUCAUCCAAAAACACAUAUUCACAGCCACACAGGUCCAACAAAUUGUCGUGUCAGAUGUCAUCUUGGAUUGAAAGUUCCUGAAAAAACAUUUCUUCGCGUUGCUGAUGAAACUCGAUCAUGGAAAGACGGCGAAUGGUUGAUUUUUGAUGAUAGCUUUGAGCAUGAAGUUUGGCAUAAUGGAACGGGAUUAAGACUGGUACUUAUAGUUGAUGUUUGGCAUCCUCAAUUAACUGACUUAGAAAAACAAAGUAUGAGUCCAAUUUAAGCUUCCAAAAAACAAAAAAGUUUCAAUUCAUUCGGAAUCUCUUAAACUAACCAAAGUGAAUAUUUUCAAUGUGCCUCAUUAGAUAAUAAAAUAAAAAAUUGUGUUUUGUUAAUUUUAAUAAAUAUAAA